AUGGCCUACCACAACCACCACUACCAGCCCGACAGCAUGAGUGCCACCUUCGUCCCCGGCGCAUUCGACGAUGACUACUACAUGCCCGUCGCGAGCCCCCCACUGGUUGCUCCGGAGCCUCAGAGGAUAAAUCCAGAGAUGCCCAACCAGAUCGCCGACGGCCUCCAGCACAUGGACUUGAACAGCCGGAAUCGCGCCUAUUCCAACACUCCAGACCAGCCUCACCUUUCGCCCUUCCCCAAGCUUAGCAACCCACCGCCGAACGUACCUCCGUCCGACGAUGACCUCGAAACGCGACUCGAAAAUGCGCGGCAACCGGUCCUCAACUCCAACGACCCGGAAAUGCAGCUGGCGUGGGCUCAGGAUGCGUUGGUAUACUGUGGGGUAUGCGCCGAUGAGGCAGAGCGACUGGCAGCGUUGAAGCCUCUACAGGCGCGGUCAGCGACGCCCAGGGUAGAGCAUCAGCUAAAGCAGGAUGCUAUGAACAUCGUCACAUUCCUCUCAGACCAGCACCAUCCGCGAGCCGAGUUCAUUCGCGGUAUGUGGUUGGAGUGGGGUCGAUUCGGACAGCGCGAAGACAAGAAAGAGGCGUUCAGAUGUUACUCAAGAGCUGCGGAUAGAGGGUACGCGAGGGCAGAGUAUAGGAUAGGCAUGCUCUACGAGUCGUACAACGAUCCGAUCAAGGCUUUGAGACACUACCAUCGAGGCGUGGAUGCUGGUGAUGCCGCUUCGUGCUACCGACUCGGAAUGAUGACCCUACGAGGACAGCAUGGCCAGCAGCAAGACUUUGCGAGGGGUAUUGACCUUAUCAAGCGGUCGGCUGAAGCGGCUGAUGAGAACGCCGCUCAAGGUGCAUACGUUUACGGCAUGCUGCUCGCUCGACAACUACCACAAAUCGACGUACCGGAAACGUUCUUGCAAUACAACGAGCAACUUGCGAAGCUCAAUAUUGAAAAGGCGGCAUACAUGAAGUUCGCCAAGGCACAGGCAAAGAUGGGGUCAUUAUAUGAACUUGGCUCGCUCGGAUGCGAGUUUCACCCAGCUCUUUCGAUGCACUACAACGCAUUAGCCUCCAAGCAAGGCGAGGCUGAUGCUGACAUGGCUCUUAGCAAGUGGUUUUUGGUUGGGUCUGAAGGUCUCUUCCCCAAGAACGAAGAACUGGCAUACACCUACGCCGAGCGAGCUGCAGCCUCUGGACUUCCCACCGCGGAGUUCGCGCUUGGCUACUUCAACGAGAUCGGCAUGCACGUCCCAGUGAAUCUUGAGAAAGCAGAAGAAUGGUACAACAAAGCCUCGAAGCAUGGCAACACCGAUGCUCAGGCUCGUUUGGAAGGACUCGCGAGGAAGCAGGUCUUGAACAAGAGCGAUCACGAGAACGUCGCAAUCAACCGAAUCAAGUCUCAGCAUGGCUCAAUGAGGGGCCAACGACCAGGCAGAUUCUCACAAAAACCGGCAGUGCCGCAAAUGGGGACAGUCGAAGAAGCGCCGUAUGCCGCUUAUGGGAAUGGCUCUGGAGCACCGCCUUCGCGCGCAUCCUCAAGGACACCAUACCCUGAAGAUAACGGCCCUCCCAAGAUUGAAGCAAGGCCAGCAUCAGUUGCUCCGUAUCCGCUUGAGGAUGGACCUCCAAGACCGGGUGGUCAGCAAGGCCCCGUUGGAGGUUUCUUCAAUGUGUCUCAAGCACCUCGACCUGCCACUACUAUGAACCCAGAGCAACGCCCUUCAUCUGCUUUCCAACUGCAUCCUGACAUCCGCCCGAACUCUACUGCAACUGUGCCUGCACAAGGUCGCCCAUAUUCUGGCGGACCUGCACCUCCAGGACCAGGAUAUCGACCACAGACUGCUCAGCCGUACGAUCAGCGCCAGUCCUCUGCGCCCGCUUACGCAUUCGAUGGCCGUCCUCUGAAUCCAAACGAUCCACGUGCGAGACCUGGUAUGGGUGGCCGAGUCGCAUCAGGCCCUGCAGGAGUGCAGAACGGCCGACCUUCACCAGGGCCACCACCUCCAGGUCCUGGUCAUCUUUCUCAUCAGCCAACAGCUCCCCCAGCAGCACUUGGCGCUGGACUUGGUCCUCCUGGGCAGAGCAGGCCUCCUGACUUUGGCUUUGCUGCUCCUCUUGAACCACGAGCGCCAACCGUAGAUCCCACAUAUCAAGAGAAGCAGCCUCGACGGAGGAGAGGGUCAGAUCAUCGAGAAAACAGUAUGCCAAACUCUCGAGAGAACAGCAUGCCAAAUUUCAAUCAACAGCCGCUUUCGAGGCCAGGCUCACGACCACCACCGGACAACAGGCAGUCAACACCAUCUGGAGGCCAACCCUCCACGGCACCGAAGCCUCCAGGCAAAGACACCCCUGCGCAUGCACCCAAGCCAACUUCCACACCCACUCCUGCGAGACCGCCCGGCAAAGGACCAAAGACUUUCGACGAGAUGGGCGUGCCUGCGCAGGAGAAGGAAAAGGAUUGUGUUGUCAUGUAG